CUAAUUCUUAUCGUUAUGACUGGAAGCCAUUCAGUCCCACCGGUUCUCAACAACAACAACAUCAACAACAACAUCAACAACAACAACAGUCUUUCUAUCGGAACACUGACUAACCCUUCGCGAUCAGAGUCUUUGUUUGGCUGUGCUGGUCGCUGUGAAGGGCAGUAAAGAUAACGCGUUCUUUACACGCAGAAUAACCCGAGAAAACCGGAGUGCCGUCCGUAGCCCACGUGUUCACUGAGCAGCUGAACAGAAACCGAAAGCCGGAGACGAGUUUCGAUCCCGCGUCCGGCCGGUUCAGCAGGUCAGGAGGAGCCGAGCGGACUUUCACAGGUAGAGCGACAAGCUGAGCUGAUCAAAGCCUUUAUCGCCACAUCUGACCCGCCGCUGACUGACCGGCUCGGUCUCGGCCGGGCGUCGCACUACACUCCACUCUUCCGUUCCAGGUCACUAUGAGUGUGGUUACGUCCAGACUGUCCAGACAGCAGGAGCAGAAGCUCUGCUCCAUGCUGGGCUGUAACAGACUCAGCCUGCUGUUUAAAGCCAGCGUUCAUGGCUAUACAGGAAAUGCUUUCCACCAGAAGUGUGACCGUCAGGGUCCCACGGUCACAGUGGCGUACAACAACUCUGGGUAUAUUUUCGGAGCGUACACCAGCAGAGAUUAUGCCCAGACCAACCAGAACUUCACUGAUGACAAAGCCUUCCUGUUCAGCUUCAACGAGCGAGAGAUGAAGAAGGACCCUCUGCGAGUGGUCAGCGGAGCUGGACAACAUUCCCUCUAUGAUGGAACAGGAGGUCCAUAUUUCCACUCCUUGGUGUUUCUCUACAAUGAAGCAGCCACUGUUUACAGCAAUCCAGGAAAUUAUCCUUUUGAUCCAACGGAGAUGCACGGCAACGACUUACAGCUGGUCGAGUGUGAGGUGUACAGAGUGGAGGGUAGUGGAUCAUUCAUGGAGAAACCAUGGAGAAAUGUUUUGUGGAAUUUUGAGAGGAGAAAGGCUCUGAUGGACAUGAUCACAGGCUGGACGCAUGGAGUGAGCUCGGUGAAGCAGGCCCGUGUUCUGCUGGUUGGUCCUGUUGGAGCUGGAAAAUCCAGCUUCUUCAACUCCAUUAACUCAGUGUUCAAGGGUUAUGUGUCCAGUCAGGCCAACACGGGCUGUGCAGGCACCAGUCUGACCACGCAGUUCCGUACCUACUCCGUAAAGGCAGGAAAGGAAGGGAAGCUUCUGCCCAUCACUGUGUGCGACUGUAUGGGGCUGGAAGAGGGUUUAAACGCUGGACUGGACAUCGAAGACUUCACAAGCAUUCUGAGAGGUCACAUGCAGGACAAGUAUCGGUUUAACCCGUCAAUGCCUCUGCAGCCAGAGUCUAAUUCAUUCCUCAGAGAGCCCAGCAUGACGGACAGGAUUCACACCGUGGUUUACGUCAUUGAUGCCUGCAAAGUCAAACUGCUCUCUGACAGAAUGAUCGAGAAGCUGGUAGCCAUCCGCAGGAAAGCCAACCAGAUGGGAGUCCCACAGCUGGUUCUGCUGACCAAGGUGGAUGAGGCCUGUUCCUCUGUGGCAGCAGAUCUGAAGACUGUCUAUCAAAGCCUUUACAUCCACAAAAUGGUGCAGGAGAUCAGCGCAGAUCUAGGAGUGUCUAUGUCUGCUGUGGUUCCGGUGAAGAACUACAGCCAGGAGCUGGAGCUGGAUCCUCAAACUGACAUCCUUCUGCUGAAUGCAGUGAUUCAGAUGCUCAGAGCCACUGAAAGCUUCUUCGAUGAUCUUUAAUUAAUAAUUAGACUUCAGUAAUAAUUUAAUCAAUUUAAUUGAUAAUUAGACUCCAGACUGCAGAUUGAAGUCAGGUUAACUGCUAAAUGUCAUUUUUCCACUGAGACUACCUGAAAAAGGUGAAUGUUAUGCAGAAUGCUUUGCAAAUUCAAGUCCAAAUCUGUAACACUGUGUCCACUCACUGUCCACUGUCCACACACUAACACACCUCCACCACCACGUCAGUGUCACUGCAGUGCUGAGAAUGACCCACCACCCAAAUAGCACCUGCUCUGUGAGGGUCCAU